AUGCAUUAUGUACAAAAGUAUAUUGAAAACUUUCACCUUCCAAAAAUAAAUAAUACACCACAAAGCAAUGGAAUUAAAACAAAUGUAUCAUUAUAUUGCAAUUACUACAGUUUCUAUUCCCAGAAGGUAUUAAUGGCACUUUACGAAAAAAAUAUUGAAUUUGAACCGCUAUUAAUCGAUAUAACUAGAGGAGAGCAGUAUUCUUCGUGGUUCCUUGAAAUAAACCCACGAGGAGAAAUACCUGUUUUAAAAGUUGAUAAUGUUGUCAUACCAGAUUCCACAAGAAUAUUAGAUUUUUUGGAGGAACACAUAAAUCAAGAAACACCACCGCUAAUAAAUGUAUCUUCAGAUGGCAAAAUAAUGAAAAACAUCAACAUGUUUCGAGAAAUGAUUGAAGCACUGCCAGCUGGGCUUAUAACUAUUGGAUCAUUUUUCCACCCCCAUCUCUGUGGAACUCCAAAAUUACCUUUUAUAUUACCUGUCAGAGAAGUGCUUAAAAAUGGUGAUUUAUCCAACUCCAAAAAUUUAAGAAAACUAGCCAAAGAACAUCCCAAAGCUGAGAAUGUUCUGCUAUAUAAAGCAGAAAUCCAAGAUAGGAAGCAUGAAAUUAUAACCAAUGAAGAAGAAUAUUUAAAAGUACUGAAUGUGGUUGAUGAUGUACUAGGGCAAGUUGAAGAACAAUUAACAAGACAGUACCAAGAAAAUUGGCUGUGCAGUGAACAAUUUAGUAUUGCCGAUAUCAAUUUGGCAGUAUUAUUACAGCGCCUUUGGGAAUUAGGUUUAGAAGAUAGAUUUUGGAGCAAAAGAAAACGCCCCCACGUUGAGCAAUAUUUUGAGAGAGUCAAGGAAAGAGAAUCAUUUAAAAAGACUAUCCCAGGCUUACCAGUUCACAUUAAAAUGAUUAUAACAUCACAACCCCCAGUUUAUCUAGGCGCUGCAAGUGCUGUAUCAGUAGGAAUGGUUUUAGCAACUGUUUAUUUAUUCAAGAAACUUAUUCAUUAA